AUGGAGGAAAAUUUCCCUGGGGGCGGCGAUUUUAUCAGAAGAGCAUUUAAAUUAAAAGAGUAUCCAGAGUCAGGCAUAGACACGUUGUUAGCGUCAUUAGCAAAUAACACCUUAAGGCAAUACACAAACUGCUAUAAGAAGUGGUGGGAUUAUAGUAUAAAAAUUCAGAGCAGUCCUUAUGAUUACGAAUUGAAAAAGUUGAUCGAAUUUUUUAAUGGACAGAUGAGACCUGGAAGCUCUUAUUCUACAAUUAAUUAUUGUAGAUCGGCUUUAUCUUUAGUGCUUAAUAUUAAUAGAAAAGACCAACCUAUUAUUAAGAGAUACCUUAAGGGAGUUUAUAAAAUGAACACGCCUAGAGCAAAGUAUACAUCGACGUGUGAUCCUCUAAUAGUCUUAGAAUUCUUAGCGAAAUGGUACCCUUUGGAAGGUUUAAACAUACAAAAAUUAACAUACAAAUUAGUUAUGCUAGUUAGCUUAUUAACGGCCCAUAGAAUUCAGACUAUCUCUCAAAUCAGAAUAUCAAAUAUAGUAUGGUAUGCUGAUAGAGCUGAGGUCCUCAUUACCGAUAAGAUUAAAACAUCUAAUCCCAAAAUGAAACAGCCUAUAUUAAUAUUACCAUUUUUUAAAGAAAAACCUGAGCUCUGUGUGGCUACAGUUUUGAAACUCGAUAUUGAAAAAACAAAGGAGUUAAGAGUACCGGAUACCGAUUUUUUAUUACUUACACAUAAAAGGCCACAUCAUGCCGCUACUUCACAAACCAUAAGUAGGUGGUUAAAGGAGGUUAUCAAAAAUGCUGGAAUUGAUGUUUCCCUGUACACCAGUUAUUCAGUCAGACAUGAUUCUACAUCUGCUGCAAAUAGGGCAGGGGUAGACAUUUCAGCAAUAAGAAGUGCAGCGGGAUGGUCCGAAAAAUCAGAAACGUUCGCUAAUUUUUAUAAUCGGUCAUCAGUAGAGGACCCCACUACCUUCGGGGUAUUCUACUUUCUUAACGAGAGUUCAAGAAGAAUAAGAAUGCAGGACACAUCCUUGUCCCGUCCCAAAGAGGUCACCUAGAAAGGAUGCAGAAGAAAUCGAGCUACCUUCCGGGAGAAGCUUCAUUCUCGGAAUGAGGGGCUAUGAGGCUGCCCUGUAUCAAACUAGUACAUAGAAGAUGCAAGCCAGCAACUUUACGCAACUCCCGGCAACCGCGAGAAGUGGAAUAUGAUAUUUUCCUUUGAUUUAUCAUUCAAACGAACAUUGUGUAAUUCAGUCAGAAUCUAGCCUUCAUAUGAUUCACUACGUGUAAUUUCGG